GUUUUCAAAAACCAAUUGUUUCUUGUUUCGUACGGGUUACAGUCGCUCAGCAAGCCUUGCCGUGGAAUCCGGUCGUUUUUGCACAGUAAUCGAGCUAGUUAGCCGAGUGAAGGAGUAUUGAACUGCGUUUCAAGUUGCCGGUGGAAAAUACUUUGUUGGCUUCAGUUUUGGCCAUUGUCAGGGCGCUCGUAGGUGCGUGUGAGUAAACGCCACGCGUAUAUGAAAAGAGCGGAUCGUGUGUACGUUGUGUGUGUUUGUGAGUAAUUGGUGUGAAAAGGGAAUCAAAAGAAAGCACGGCAGAGACGAGAACAGCAAAAAGGUACCUUCUGCGCCGGAAAAGAGGAAUCUUAAAGUUGAGUUGUGAAAAGUGUGGUAUAGACGAGAACGGGUUGCAGUUUUCUACGAACGAACACUAUCGUUCCUUGAUUCCCUAUCGAGCGUUUUUGUACAUUCGGCUGCGGAAUCGUACAACAUAGUCGGUGUUAAACAUGGCCGUUAACGUUUAUUCGACGAACGUGACGACAGACAAUCUCUCGAGGCAUGAUAUGCUUUCGUGGGUAAACGAUUGUCUGCGAUCGCAAUUCACCAAGAUCGAGGAACUAUGCACCGGAGCUGCGUAUUGCCAAUACAUGGACAUGCUAUUCCCGGGUUCCGUACCAAUGAAGCGUGUAAAGUUUCGCACUAACCUCGAGCACGAGUACAUCCAGAACUUCAAAAUCCUGCAGGCUGCUUUCAAGAAGAUGAACGUCGAUAAGAUAAUUCCAAUCGAUAAACUAAUUAAGGGUCGCUUCCAAGAUAACUUUGAAUUUUUACAAUGGUUCAAAAAGUUCUUCGACGCAAACUAUGAUGGUAGAGAGUAUGAUGCUUUAUUAGCGCGCGAUAACCUACCGAUGGGAAUGGGUUCGGGUGCGGGUGCACCGAAAGGUAACGGUGUAUCAGCCGUAGCUCCACCCCGUAAAAUGGCAAUCGGCACCACCGCACCACGUGAUAGAAUCAAACCGAUGUCCAAAGUUGCACCCACCCGACAGAUGGUGCAGAGUCCGCCUAGCCGUAUUGGAGGUGGCGUUAACGUAAAUACGAGCAAAUCGUCCUCCCAGAAUAGCGUGACGAAUCAGCAGAUCGAGGAACUGAACUCACAAAUCAGUGAUAUGCGAUUAAACUUCGAAGGACUGGAAAAAGAACGUGAUUUCUAUUUCAGUAAACUGAGGGAUAUUGAAAUUCUCUGCCAAGAUGAUGAACAAAGCCAGAGUCCUUUCGUUCAAAAGAUUCUAGAGAUUCUUUAUGCCACUGAGGACGGUUUCGCGCCACCAGAUGAAAUACCGCCAGAAGAAGAGGAAUAUUAAGGUGCGUCGUAAAGUGUUGAUGCUGAUGCUGAUCGAAUCGUACUGCUCCUGCUGGGCGAGAUAAAGAUGAUCGAUUUGGAUGUGUACAUCAUCUGCUCCAAGUAACCAUACUAAUGAAACGAAAUGUAGAGAUGAAAUCAGAGCAUAAACAAAAAUAAGAAGGAAGAAAUGAAAGUAACCCAAUAGAAGAACAGUGCAGUGUAUGCCGUACUGUGCAUCCCAAAGGUAUUCCAAGGAUGGCAAAGAAAUACGCUACAUAAGUGAGGGUUUGCGUUAAAACCACAGGAUUUCUACAAGCUUCAUGAAGAAAAAAAAAAGAAAAGAAAAAAGAA